AUGGGUAUUGCCGGAUUGUGGCCACUGCUGGAGCCAACUUCUAUUCCAACAACACUGGAAGUCCUUGAAGGCAAAAAACUUGCGGUUGGUGGGUUUUUCUCAUGCGUUUUUUUUGACAUUAUAUUAAUAUUUUUUUCAGACGUUUCUCUAUGGAUCUAUCAAGCGCAAAUGGGAUAUUCGAAUGAAGUGCGUUGUCCACAUUUGGCGCUCUUGGUUAAUCGAAUGUGCAAGCUGUUGUUUUAUCGCAUCCGUCCAGUUUUCGUCUUUGAUGGCCCCGAUGUCCCAGUUUUUAAGCACCGUGUAUUAGUUAGUUUCUUUUUCAAAAUUCAUUUGUAUUUUUUUUAUCGUUUAGGAUUCUCGUAGAUUGAAAAAAAUUGCGGACGACGUCACUCUUAAUCCAACGAAGAAGAAGCACAUGAAGAAAAUAGCUUCAGGUGACAAGAAGUCAUGGAAAGCAUUUGGAUUUCAUAUUAGGGACACAAUCAAGUUCGCAGUACGAAGCGUCUAUAAACAAGCUGAUCAGCCCGAAAAAAGGAAGCAGAAAUGACGACAUGUUCCGCGUUCCAGAAGUCACAUUUAACAUGUUGGUGACAUCGAAAAUUAUCAUAGUAGUUUAUGCCGUGUUCAAAGUAAUUUCCGCGAAAUGCAAAAUACCCGUUAGAGAAAGGAAAAGAUCACUAAAUUUUGGAGAGUCAGAGAUCAUUUUGCAUUUCGCGGAAAUUACUUUGAACACGGCAUUAAAAAACCGUUUCUUAUUCAGUCUUCGUUAAACACCGUUUAGUCAGCGAACCGUUCAGAAAAGUUGUUAAAAAAUAUCUCUUGUCAGAUUCGAUUCUUCAGAAUAGUAUUUUUAGUUAUUCAAAUAAUGCUGAAAGUUUAAAUGAAAGGCUCUUCAGAAAAAAAUUUAAAAAAAUCUUGAAAAAAAUCUUGGUUUUUUUCCAGCUCUCUUCCUUUUUUCUUUUCAUAGAACAACUUUUUAGGAACUCUGUAGAUAAAAGGGAAAACGAGGAAAGUACAUCUGAAGAGGAAGUCUACGAUGAUGAGGUGGUUGUGGUCCGCGACGACUUCUUGAAGGAGGAAGCGUCGGUCUCCGACGUCAGACGCCAGGUUGAAAUCCUCGUCGACGAGCGCGAGCGUCUCCGCAAAAGUCGGCUAAAUCCAUCUAAGGUUUUCCAAAAAAAGGGUGUAAAUAAAUGUAAUUUUUAUUUGUUUAUUUCUGAACAACUUGUAACGGUUCGAGAUCAACUUUUUCUGUUUCUUGCUCCUAUUUUUUCGUUACUUUCUUAUUCUAGAAAAAAAGUUGUUUUCAUCAUGUCGAUUAGAGAAACUUUUCAUUUCAGAUUCCGACCGAUUCUCAAGACUUCAGCACAUUCCAACUGCGACGGCUGCUGUCGCGUGGUCGAUUGAACGCAAAAAUCGAGCAGGUUGUUGAUUUUUGAGGCUUCUCAACGGAAAAUUGUUUCAGUUGGCCAAAGGAAGUUCCGGGUCGAGCGGUAUGAACUUUUCAGUGAGAGGACCUCACGGGGAGCAGCACAUUCUCAAGUACGGCGAAGACGACGAUGUCGUAGAGGUUUGUCAUUGUGUUCAAUCUUGUCAAAAGAGCCGCUUCGUUAAGAUAAAAGAGCAAACCACCGAGUUUUCUCGACCACUUCCAGAAGGUUUCGAUCUUUCAUUGGAUUAUCUUCGUCCGCAAAUCGCCACUUAUCAGAAAAAUGAGUCUCUAAAAGAUAACAUGGUAUCAAAUGCCGGAAUGUCUCCCAAAACUUGUUCAGUUUCGCAGAAUGUCUCGAGCGAGAGCGACUUCGGCGAAAAGGUCGACAGGUACUUGAGUAAAUCUGAAAUGAUUGGAGAAGUUGUUCGGAGAAGAGGCGGACCUUUGGAGCGAGGUUCGGGCUGCGAUCCAGUCAAAGUUUCUCAUCGUUGUUUCUAGCUGCCGCGCAGAGCGACGCUUGGUCUUGCAGCGACGACGACGAUUUCAUCGACGUCCCAGAGGAAAAAGUAGAAGGAGAAGAAGAAGAAGGAGCGAAGACGAAUGUGAAUAAGAAGGAGCAGGAGAAGAAAGAAUCCGUCCAGAGACCGACGACACCUGAGUGGGAUCCAGCAAGAGUAUUUUAUUGUCUUAUAAAAUCAUAAAAAUGUUCUUUUGCAGUUCGAUAAAGAGUUAGAAAGUUCUUCGGGAACUCACGAUGAUUGGAAGACUUUGGCUGACGUCGCCGACGAUAAAACUCUCAUCCGAGAUCCUGGGGUCUACAAAGAUCUGCAGGUUGAAUACUGGCGUUUAACAAUUCUUCGCUUUAAAAAGUUAUAGUUAUUUUCGUAUAACCUAGUAGCUCGCCGAUAGAAAAUAGUUAAAAUAGUUUUGGGUUGUGCUCAGAUAAUGGAAGACUAUGAAAAUUUAAAGUUCUGUACAGUCAAUUUUUCCCGAAUUGAAGCGAGAUGGGUUGAUUGGCAAGGGUGAACGCGGCUUGUGGCGGAUGAGGUCAAAUAUGAUGGAAAUUAUUGAAAAACUGUUGAAAAAGGAGAAAAAAAAAUACUGAGAAAAAACCCAUCAUACUCCACAGUGGUUAUAAAUUGUUUUUCGUUUGAUAAAGAUGAGUCUUGCAGGAUUUCCUGACGGCCUGUGGUUUUCCUUGGAUCGAGGCCCCUGGUGAGGCUGAAGCUCAAUGUGUGGAAUUGGAACGCCUGGGGUUGGUCGAGGUUCGAACUCCUCAGGGCGUUUUUCAUAUUUGGAUUGGAGGGAGUCGUGUCCGAUGACAGCGACGUCUGGGCUUUCGGCGCUCAGAACGUUUACAGACAUUUGUUCUCGAAAUCCAAAAAUGUUCAGCACUACAACUUUUUGAACACAAAAAAGAAACUAGGUUUAAAAUCCAGUUUCUGUUGUGAUAUUUUGCGUGUUCGAGGUCUUGAGCAAGAAGAUUACGUCGCUCUUGCGAUCAUUUCUGGCGGCGAUUAUUCUUCGGGGCUAAGGCAGGUAAUAAAAUAUGCGAGUUUUUCGAUUUUUUGAAACAAUUUUUCAGAUUGGAAUGAUCACAGCAUUGGAAAUCCUUGCGGAGUUUUCUGACAAGAGGAGCCAUCAGGACGUGACGUCGGCUGAGAAAAGAGUGACUUCAUCGAUCUAUUUCUUUUCUUGGCGUAGGUGUACGAGCUCUUGGUCAGAGUCGAAUCCUGGGUUAGUAAGAACGAAAAUCCAGUUUACACGGCCGAACUUCGGAAAGCGUUGGCCGUCAUCAAAGUGAACAACGAAUUGAAAGAUGUCCAAAAGGUCAUUAUAAAAAAAAUGCGAUAAAAGAACCGAGAAAUUUUUCAAAAAUGAAUUUCAGUAGUUUAAUCUCUUUUAUAUUUCACCAACUAUUUGUUUCAAUUCUCUAAAUGCUGAACUUAUUUCAAAAUUUUUCCGUUACCAAGAAUAUAAUAUUUUCCAACAUGACUCAAAUUGCAACAUACUGUCUCAAAGUUCCGGGUUUUUUAAUUGAUUUAACGGAAAACCUUCGAGUUUUGAUUGAAGUUGGUGAAUCGUGAUGUCAUCAAAGCGUACUUCGAGCCGAAGGUGGACGACAGCUCGGAGACGUUGCGAUGGAAGGCCGUCGACGUGAGCCGCGUCAGGCAGAUGCUCUCCCAGCAGCUCGGCGUCCAAGGCAACAAGUUCGAAGAGGUCCUCCCCUUCUUUCUUUCUUCGCCUUAUCAGGACUUUAUGUAUAAAAACAGUUUCUCUUCAAUUGCUUCUCAAAAAUGUGUCUCGGCUCUUUUUUCGGUAAGCAGGCAGGUUAUCAAUCUUCGCACGACACUUUGAAAUGGUUUUUAUGGAUUCAGAAGGCUUUGUAUUAUCUGGCAAUCAAUCCUAUCAUUUCAGCAGAUUUUGGUACCUCUGAACCGGUGGAACGACUUCAUCGCCCGUCGAUCGUCCUACCAACGUCACAUCACCAGUUACGCUCACAAGAUCGAGCAGUCUUCGAAAGAACAGAAGACGCAGCUCACGAAAAGAUCUUGGAACGCCUUGAAGAGACUCGCGACACGCACUGGUUUAUUAUUAUUUUUUGCGUCACUUUUUUUUCUAUCUAAUCGCUAAUUUGUUUUUCGAUGACGACGGUUCACGUUUUUUUUUCAGAAAAUCCUCUCGGCGAAGAGAGCUCUCUGAUCUGCCAGGCGUCUUUUGUAGACGAAGGAUCUUCUCUCCCAGAACCCUCAACUUCGAAAUCUACAAAACCUGCGACAACAAGGAAAAGAGGCGCUGCCGCCAAACGCGGAAAGUCAAAAACAGCGCCUGGCCGAAAGACAAAUAAGAAAUCAGAAGCCGUCCUUCGUCUUUCGGAGAGCUCGGAUUCAGACUUUGACUAA